UUAACUUUAUUUCACCUUUGUUUCUGCCAGUGACCAAAGCUCUAGCGGACUUUGACAUGGCCCUAAGGGGAAAGAAGGGCGAGAAGUACAUCAUAGAGGGGAAAAGUAAAGAGUUAUCGUCUGAGGACAGAGACCAGUUUGAGAUCCUCAAGUCCCAGAUGUACGCCGAGCGACCAACCAAGAGGGACUGCACACUCAAACGAGCCAGGGCCAUGCCAGAGGAUGAGCCUGUCCAGAAAAGUGCGCUUUUAUCACACACUUUUAAACAGCUAAUUACUCAUAUUCUAUAAAGAACUGUGCCGUGUUCGUAAAGCAUCUCAGGAGUAGGCGCGCUGAUCUAGUAUCAGUUUUGCCUUCAAGUUCAAAAUGAAUGAUUACAUGAAGUAUAGUACUCCUACUCUGAAACACUAAGAAUAGGAACCAUGGUUUUUCAUAUUUUGUGUUCCAAGUGGGUGGCUUAUUAAAUUAACGUUUUACUGCUUAAAUGGCCAUCACCAUCAUCACAAUCUGGCCAUGAACAAGGAGAAGCCGUGCCGGCUGAUCAGCCGGUUACAGACUAAUUUUCUGCCUGAAACUUUUUCCAAUUCAUAAUAAACGAGGAUUCUUUUGAUUUAAAUGUUUCAAUUCAGUAGUCUGUUGAAGCGUCUCGCACUAGAAUGAUAUGCAUCUUCAUUCUAUCCAUGUAAUGGUGCGGAGGGGAGUGCUGCCGUUUUAUCAGCUCUUAACCAACCAUGCUAUUUUUUUGUUGUUGCGUUGUUUUGUUAUUUGUUUUGUACAUAAUUUGUUUUGUACAUAAUGCUGCUGCUACCGUCUCUUAUGACCGAAAAUAACUUCUAGACAUCAGAACUGGGAUUAGUCACAUCAAAUUGGACGAAGAGUUCUUUAAUGGGUCGAACGGGGGGGGAUACACAACUACAGACACUCGACCAGGCCCAGAUCGCUGUGAUUCGAUGGAAAAGGAAAUGGAGGUUUUGCAGAAAGAGAUCAGGGUGCCUUGUGUAGACAACAAGUGGCUAAUCUGUCCUUGCCUUCUAUCCUGCUAGCUAACGUUCAAUCGCUGG